UCCGCCAUUUCUUCACUACGAUGAAGAAAAAAAGUGUGCUCGUCGUUCACGCGUUUCUUUACUCGUUUAUUCGUGCUUCAUAGAAAAUCCAAAUUUUCACACUUUAUAACUAUAGUUUUAACAAAAAUUCAUUGUUUAACGCAGAGUUUUAACAGUUAUAAUGAAAAUUUAAAGGUGAUCUGUGUAAAAAUCUAAAAAUUUCACAACGAAAUAGUCAAGACAAAAAUCUAUUCACUACGUUCAAAAGGCAAGAAAAAAGUUGAAAUCUAAGUCGUCGAAUAAAAAGAAAAAAAUUGCGAAAGCCAAAUAGUGAUGAGAAAAGAAAUUCGUCUAUAACUGGCGGCUGCAUGUGUUAAAGUGAGAUAGAUCUAUAUAUAGUCGUGUAUAUGCGUGUGUUGAGAACCCAGAGUUCAAACGACAAAGAAGUAGUAGAAGAAAAAAUCAAAAGUUGUGUGUUCGAAGCACCCGCGACUCUCGAGGCUAACGAGUUGAUUGAUAUUUGCCAUUUUUUGUGAUUACUAAAAGUGUAAUUCUUUUUAAAAACAUUACUAAAUAAAUCAGUGCUUAACAUUUCAAGUAUAAUACUAACAAAUACUUUUCAAAGUGAGAAAAGAAAAAAAAAUUGAAAAUCAGAAGACGCCAAGCUCUAGGGGGUGCGUGCAUGCAUGCGUCAAUAACAACCUCGUUGCGGUGUAUGGGAAUUGAAAGAGGUGCUUGUGUUUAAAUUUCAACACAAGCGUUAGUUUGCAACAUUUUACAAUUACGAAAAUUUAUCAUUAGCAGCGUAAAAUGUCGGAAUAUGCACAGGAUGAAAGUAGUAGUCCUCCACGACAUGGAAGUGGCGAUGCAAAUCUAAAUAUCAGUAUGGAAGAUGCUGCUAAUAACUCAAUUAUUGGAAAAGUAAAGUCGCGAGUUUCGAGCAUAUUACCCAAUCGUUUGUCCAAAUGGUUUUCACCAUCUGCAAAAUUACAAAAUGAUUCAUUAAAUGGUAGUAUUUGUGGUUCAAAUACAAAUACUUUGCAAACACGCCGUAGGCGUCGCAUUGAAAUCGAAGAAGAAGAUAAUUACGAGGAUGAUGAGGAUGUACAACGUCCUGGAGAAUAUGAAGAAAAUAAUCAUCGUUUAUACGCUAAGCAGUCGCAAACUCGUGAACGUGAAAUUGAAGUCGAUGAUGAGAAUGAUGACGAUGAUGAAAGCCAAAAUAGUGAUGAAGAAUACAAUAGCAACAAUUUAACUAAACAAACAAGACGAGAUUUAAAUGUUGAAAGACAGCCGCCAGCAAAAAGAUCUCGUCUUAAUAUUGAUGUUCGUGAUAGUCCAUUAAUCACACGACAUCAACCACUUUUAUCAUCUACACCAGCUGUGGCUAGUUCUUAUUUACGUAAUUCUGGUAGCACAGCAUCAGCUUCAAGGUCGUCUUAUCAACGUUAUACAAAUUUGAAUCUUUAUGGAAACCAAAGUAAGAAGGAACCAGCUUUCAACUUUGGCCAACAAAAGGACUCAAAACCAUUUAAUACCGAUAUCAUUGAUUUGAUAUCAAAUCCUUCUUAUGAACAUGAUGAUAAACUAGCAGAAGCUUCUAAUGCAUACGGUGGUAGUCGUACUGGAAUAAGCUCCCGUAAAAGUUUAAAUAUCCCAUCUUCUGCCUCAACAUUAACUAGUGUAGAACGUGUUUAUGCAACUGUGGCUCAUCUUAAGCGUCAGCCUUUGUCAACAGCUAAAGCAGAUUUAUCGACCUCUCACACAGUGGGUAUACCACCUAGGCGUACUUCAACUACUAUACACGAAGUAGAAGAUCAAGAAUCGGAAGAUCAAGAAAAAGUCCAAAGUGGUGAUGGAACCGAGAAACGUGAGGAGCUAUUGGAAUCCAAUGCUAAUACUUGCAAUGGGGGUUCUAAUAACUUUACCGCCAAUAAAAGACAAAAACUAAUAAAUGGUUCGGGCUUGAAGGCUGCAGGAUUGCCCGAAUCAAAUGAAGCUAUUUUAAUUGAUUCCGCUUCAGAAAGUGGUGAAAGUGCAAUGGAUGUAAUGAAAACCAAUUCAUCUAACAAACAACGUAAGACUGGUCUUUUUAACAUGUCAGCUACAGGCGCUACAAAUACUCGUAACAGUAGUCGUACUUCUUCAUUUGGAAAUGGUUUAAAUUUCUAUUCCCACCUUGAGGGACGAAAAUCUUUAUUCAGCGGCCCCAAUCAUGGCAUUUCGAAUCCAUUAAAUAACUCUACAUUAUCUUUAACAUCACUUAAUCGCCGUCAAUUCAACGCCUCAAUCUAUGGUAGUACAUCUGCAUUGAGUGAUAGUCGUUUGUUAAAUACGUUUUCUCCAUUUUACAAGGGAAAAACGACAUACGGUGGAGCAGCAGCUUAUAAUAAAUAUACAGCUGGUGCAGGCGCCAGUUCAGUGCGUAUAACACCCACAUUAAUAAGGCCAACAUCAAGUCUCUCCACACUAUCAUCGAAUACUUCAAUGGGUAACAAUGUUAACACUCAAAUUGGGGACAAUUCAACAAUAUCGUCGACGGCCAAACGUAUAUUGGAUUUGAUUAAUGAUUUUGCCACACCCUUAAGUGAAGCUAAAAAGAUGGCAAGUAGUCUGAAAAGUAAUCCAAACCUACAGAUACCACCACAAGCUAAAGGUCGCUUAAAUGAAAAUGAUUUAAAUGCUUCGAGAGCUAUGCGCUUGUCGCAAGUACGAACACCUUAUACUAGACCGGCUGUAAUACUACAGCCCUCUGGAAAUGCUAGCGGAAGAGGUACAGCGGGCGGUCUCAUGCCACCCAUUAAGGAACUCCAAGUGCCAACAAUGUCUCAAUUGUUGCAAAUGAAGAAAAUUCAAAAUACUACCGAAAAAGCGAGAAAAAUUGCUCAAAACUCUGUAGUAAACAGUGGAACAUCCGAGUACACUUUACCUGAAGUGGCAACCACAAAAACAAAUACCAACAACGACCAGGAUCAACAGAAGCAUACAAACAAAAUAAGGAACAAAGUGACAAACUCAUUGAGACCAUCAGCAGCAGCAAAGGAUUUGCAAGAUGAAGAGCCACCCCCACCCGUAAAUUUACCCAAUAUAGCAUUUCCACUUAUGCAAUCUGUGCCCAAAAUUGAUAUACAAUUAAAUAAACCUUCAGUUACCACCAACAACACCAUUGAGUGUAAAACUUCAAAUGCAGCAAAAACUGAAUCAUCUAAAAUAAACUCAUUUGUAUUUAAUCCUACACCUAUGAAAGCCGCAACACAAACAUCGAUUUCAACAACAGACAGCAAAAAAACACCACCAGUUCCAACUCAAUCACUGAAUACAGUCUCUGCUUCAACACAUAAAACAACCACGAACACUUUUAAAUUUUCUGAACCUUUACAAAUUGUUGGCGUCUCAACACCAACUCAGAGUGUAACUAAAAAUGACAUUGAUAAAUAUAAAUUUAGUCCCCCACUAGAUGUCAUCGUAACACCAACAUCCACAUCCGUAAAACAACACAAUACCCAACCGAAACAGCCUCAACUUAAAGAGGGAUCUUGCUUAGAUGCUCUUAGUAAACCUUUCACCUUGCCACCGACAACACCUAAAACCAAUAUGCCAGAUCAAACAUCUUCAAUAAACGGAUCUCUAAAUGCAUCUUCCGGUUUUGGUAAUCAAUUUAAAAAAUCGUCUAAUGAAUGGGAAUGUGACGCUUGUAUGAUUCGCAACAAAUCAGAUGCUAAUAAAUGUGUGGCUUGUGAAACUCCACGUACGCAAAAGCCCUCAACAAAUCAGCAAUCCAUAAAUACAUCAUUGUCUUUUACUGCAUCAACUACAUCUACAUUUGGCCAACAAUUUAAGAAAUCCUCAAAUGAAUGGGAAUGUGAUGCAUGCAUGAUACGCAAUAAACAAGACGCCACAAAGUGUGUGGCUUGUGAAACACCACGUAAAGGAGCAACGCAGCAAUCAACCACAGCAUUACCACCAAUUAAAAAUUCAUUUGGUGAUGCUUUUAAACCAAAAUCUGGUACAUGGGAAUGUGUAACAUGUAUGAUUUCUAAUAAAAAUGAGGCGAAUGAAUGCAUAGCUUGUCAAACCAAAAAGCCAGGAGCUACGGGAACAACCUCUACCACAACAGCAUCUCCAGCAACACAGUUUAAGUUUGGUUUUAGUGCUGCUGCUGCUGCUGGCACCGGUAUUACAAAUGCUAAUUCAAAUGCGGAUGCUGGUUUCAAAACAUUGGCAGCUCAGCAAAAAGCUUCUAAAUGGGAAUGUGAUGCUUGUAUGACUCGCAAUGAUGCCAAUCGCACAAAAUGUGCUUGUUGUGAGCAACCUAAGCCAGGAGCAACAAGCGCAGAACCAACCAAUUCGUCAUCAACUAAAUUUCAGUUUGGAGCUACUGCAGCAUCCAAAUUUAGUUUUGGUUUUAGUACUGGAGCCAAUGCACCUAAAGAAGACGAUUUAAGGAAAGGUUUGGCUAGUAAAACAGAAGAUAAUACAAAACCAGCAUCAGUGCCGGCACAAGGUGGUUUCCAAUUCGGAAUCAAGCCAAUAUCUAGCACCACGAGUGAAAGUAAAAAGGAUGAAACAGAUUCCAACACAAAAAUUACAGGCUUUAAAUUUGGUGUUACCCCAGCAUCUACAACUGUUGCGACAAAGGUAAGCGAAAAUUCAGUUGUUUCAUCCGCCCCAUCCGGUUUUGUAUUUGGCUCGAAGUCCUUGACAACAACAACAGCAACAACUAAGUCAAACACAGCAUUGUCUUCCGAUACCGCUGCUAGCACACCAAGUGUGAAAUUCACUUUGCCCCCCACUACCACCAACACAACUGUUAGUAAUAAUGACAAGCCAACGGGCGUGGCAGCACCUUCGUUUGGUUUCGGCACCAGUACAGCCUCUUCAACGACUGGAGGAUUUUCAUUUGGCACCAAAAUAGAGACCGUAAAGCCAACUGCAUCCGUCACAGAGGAAAAGAAAUCUUUAGAGAGUUUUGCAUUCAAAGCUCCAACAACAAUAUCGGCCACAUCUCCAAAAAGCUCAGGUUUUGUUUUUGGUUCAUCUACAAUCAAUAGUAGUUCAACAGCUGCAGCAACUACUGUCAGUAGCUCCAUUAACACUACGACAUCAACAUCAGCAACAACAACCACUUCUUCAACUAUAACAGCAGCUGUAAAGCCAAUGUUUACUUUUGGUUCGUCUUCAGCAACUACACCAGCUGCAAACACGCAAGCUACAACAGGUUUUGGUGGCUUUAAUUUUGGAAGUAAUUCAGCAAACAAUGCAACUGUGACAACAACGACAGCGAAUACGUUAUUUUCGGCUGUUACUUCCACGACUACCAUAUCUACAACAGCGAACGUAACAUCAACAACAUCCUUGUCAACAUCGUCAACGACAACUACUACACCUGCCUCAACAAAUAUAUUUGGUUCAUUUGGUGGAGGAGGGGGUUCAUCUAAUGCCUCUGCAACACCAAUAUUUGGUUCCUCUAUCAAUCCUCCUGCCAAUAAUAACUUAACUACUGUUAGUUCCUCAACCAAUAACUCAACCUCGGCAAAUACUCCACAAUUCGGAACAUUUGGAUCUAAAACCACAUCUAAUGUAUUUGGGUCGUUUGGCGGAGUUGGUGGAGCAGGUGGUAACAAUAAUACAUUGGUAAAGCCAAAAGAAACAAAACCAACACUACCAGUAUUUGGUAAUGUUGCACCAACCAGCACCUCUCAGUCAUCACAGUCAAAUUCAGGUGGUUUUGUGUUCGGUUCUAAUGCGAUGAACAAUUCUGCAGCAGCAACAACCGCUUCAGCAGGUUCAGUUACAAGUACUAGCACAACAUGGCCUAAAAACAGUUUUGUAUUUGGUUCAGCGGCAAGCGCAACACCGCCAACAAACUCUGCUGUUCCAGCCAACACAAGCGAAAAUAAAGAAGUUGCUAAACCUUCUGUAUUCGGUUCGUUUGGUUCAUCUAGCACUAAUACCACUAAUCAGCAGCAAACUUCGUCUAUUUUUGGGGUCCCCGCGACAGCUUCAAAUGCAGCAGCAUCGGGAUCAACAAACUCAAGUACAAAUCUAUUUGGCUCUAAUUCAGCACCAGCUGCCACCAGUAUAUUUGGAGCUAAUUCGAGUGGUAAUGCCGUAACACCGACCCCAGCAUUUGGUUCAUCGCCAUUCGGCGGUGCUGCUUCUUCGACAAGUGCAACACCAACCUUUGGAAGUACAGCAGCUUCGGGUCCCACUACAUUUGGUGGUUUUGGUGCAGCAACUAACAAUACUACAACAAACACCACUGAGGUUAAAAAACCAGAGGCUGCUUUUAAUUUUGGUGCAGCACCAGCAACACAAAAUACUAGUGGUGGUUUUAAUUUCGGUUCAUCAGCGUCUACAACAAAACCAGCAUUCAAUUUUGGUAGUACAACAACUACACAACAGCCUACGUUUAAUUUUACCGGAACAGCGGAGUCUCAAAAUUCAACGAAACCUUUUCAAUUUGGCGCAACUCCAUCGGCACCAGUUUUCAAUUUUAAUCGUGGUGCUUUAGAGGGCACGCCGAAUGCACCUUUCCAAUUUAAUGCAGGUGCCGCGCCUGUAACAAGUAAUAUAUUCGCGCCAGCGCCAACACCAGGAGCCCAAACAGCACAACAGGCAAAACGGAAAAUACGUGCACCGAUAAGGCGAGUAACACAACGGUAGAGAACAUUAUAAAAUCAAACGCUAAUAACAGCGUGGACCGAUCACAACAAAAUAAACAUGAACAGACAGGACUAUGCUUAAGACAGAACACAAUUAGCAGCCGUAUUAAUAACAAAGAGCUAAAACAUCAAUGCCAACAACAAAAACAACAACUAGACGACAUAAUCUUCAGCAAGACAUUAUUUAAUAAAGAAACAGACGACGCCUCAAGACGUGAUAGCAGCUGCAGCGGCUUAAAUACUGCAGAUGUUGCCAGCAACAGACAACAAUUGCAAACAAAUAGAUUUUCGAAAGAUAUAAGCCGUAAAACGCCAGAACAUCCCAUGAAUAGUUUAAAACAAAAGAAUAAAAUUCUUUUAAACAAAUACAAACUCAUUAGAAAGCCAUCAACAUUUGCAGCGACAUCAGCAUCCGCUGCGGCAAAGGGAAAAGAAGGCACUACAAAAGAGUUAAUAGUCCAUAGUGGUGGUGAGGGCGGUGGUGUUCCACAGCAAACAAAAGCUAAACGUGUAGUUAAAGUGAAAACUCCUGUGUCUCCGAUAAAAAUAAAUUAUUAUCGUAAAAUUAAUAACGCUUCAAUUAAUGAAACUCACAAAGGAACAGUAAAAAGAGAAGAAAAAAGUAUGCACAUUUUAAAAAAUAAGUCAAUGGCCUCGUCAGUAUCUGGUACUACUUCUCCAACACAAUCCAAUUGUUCGUCUGUUUUAUUUAAAAGUCCUCGACGUAAAGUCCAAAUGAUUGUAAGUGACAACACUUCGAAAGCAAAUAAAUUCCGGGAAACUAAAAGUCGUUAUUCUUUGGUGAUUAACAAACCUAAUACGUCUGUAUAUACAAAUCCUAAAAUUUCUUCGAAAGUAACUGCUACAUUUCUUAAAACUACUACCACUGAACAACCUUCAUCAUCAACAUAAUCUACGCAACAUGUUGCUGGCAACAAAGUCGUACUAUACAACACAUCUACAACUUAAUGACAACUUUAAAACGCUACAGAGUUUAUACAUAAAAUGUGACAACCAACAACAAGAACAAUAUAAUACAAAAUAAACAGAAGAUUUUUUAAAUAAAAUAAUUAAAACCCCUAGUAAUACAAAACAGAAAAUAAAAUAAUUUUUUAAGAUCUUAUCUACAAUUUCAAACUCAACUAGAACAGCAUCUCUUUAAAAACUAUAGAAGAGAGGAGAGAGAGAAGGUUUAAAUAAAGAAAGAACUACACAACAACAUGAUCAAUUCAAAAAGUAAUAAAAAAUCCUUUACAAAUUUCCCGAUCAUUAAAAAAAACGGGAAUGUUCUAAAGAAUUUCAUCAUGUGCCUCGGAUAGUUUUUCUUUUUUAUUCUUAACCAAAGCUUGUACUAAAUGUCAAGUUGUUAUUGUAUUUUUAUUAUUUUUUUAGUUCAUACUUCAUUUGUGUGUUUGUUUUUAGCUAAAUAUUUUUGGCCAUAAAACUAAAUUUCUUUUUAUUAGAUAUUCACACACAAAAAAUACAGAAAGAAGAAUUAAUAUAAAAUCAUAUAAUUCAAUUGUUUCUAUUUAAUUUGUUUAUUAUAAAAUUAAAAAACUUUAAUUUUUUCUAUUUUAUUAUUUAUUCGUUUAUAAUUAUAUGAUAAUUUAUAAUUUACCUUAUUCCGAUUUCUUUCUCUCCUCCCCCAACGCCUCCUUUUGCAUUUCGUACCAUUUGUUAUAUUGGCCAUGAGAUUAUGAAAUCCUUAAAAUCAUUUGUUUUCACUUUAAGUAAAUACAUAUAUUUUGUUAUAAAAAAACUUCUUUUUAUUAUUAAAAAAUAAAUUAAACAAAAAAUCUA